AUGUUUAGACUUCCACAUCACACAAAUGAGAUCAGAUUGGUUGCCGUUCACAGGCCACAGGGAAAUGAUUUUUCAAAUGCAUCUACUGCUCUUACCCCGAGACGAGUACGUGGCACAAUGAUACGGCAAGAUGGACCUAGAGCUGGCGAUUUCUUUGUGGACGAGUAUAAAAUGCCUCCUAAUGGCAGUGUCGACUUCGAAUCCAUGCGCCAUGUUUCAGCCCCAUACCGUCUAUCGCGUCCGGUACUGUUUUGUUUGUUAUCUUAA